AUGGAGCUUAUGAUGGUCGAUGCACUUGUUCAUGCUAAUAUUAAAACUAUUGAGACAAGUACAAGUCAAGAACUAAAGGAGGCCAGGGAGUUCAUCCUGCGCAUUCGAAGGAGGAAUUUGUACCAGGCAUGUAAUGACAUUAGAGAAUUUAUGAUAAUAGACAAGUGGAUGCAUCAAUAA